UCAUUUUUUACUUUUUAGUAACAAUUAACAAUUACUAAAGAUGGUACAGAUUGUGGGAGCAUGGGAGAUGAUAAAUUAUUAAUAUAUUAUGUAUUAUGGUAAUAAUAUCAGCUUAAGUUGUACAGUGUCAGUUUGCAGUAAAUAUUAAGACAUAAGACACAAAGUUGUCAUAAAUGUACUUCUGAUCUGAUCUCAUAUCAAUAGUUUAUAUACUAAUUGAAAAGCAAACAAUUAAAAAGACAUAAUUCAAUAUGGAACCGUUCAGAACUACUAUUGAUGAUUGUGCGAUCAAUGCCAAACACAUCAUCGCCAAUAAUUGCUCCCAAAAUUGAGAGAGAAGAACCUGAAAAGAUUAAGAAAUGGCGGGAAGAACAGAAGACUCGAUUAGAAGAAAAAGAUGCUGAUGAAGAAAAAAAAAAAGAAGAAUUACGGCUGGUCGCUAAAAGUGAAUUGGAUGAACGGUACAAGAUUCACAAGGAACAAAUUGCAAAAACUAAAGAUGUUAAUCGAAAUGCAGAGAAACAAUUUGUUGCUGAAUCUGAUGAAAUUGAGCCAGGCACUGAAUGGGACCGCAUCUCAAAACUCUGCGAUUUUAACCCUAAAUCGAGUUGUGCUAGUAAAGAUGUAACACGUAUGAGAUCUAUCAUUCUUCAACUUAAACAGACUCCACUGAAAAAACCGGUAUCACCUGCAAAAUAAUUUGUAAUUAUAAUUUCCUUUCUGUCAUUCCUAUACAGUAAAAUAUUUAUUCUAUUGAGUUUUUUAUUUUAUAACAUUGCUACAUAGUAAAUAUUAUAUUAAUUUCAGAGAUAAUAGGUAUAUAAUAAUAUUUGUUGCAUGUUUAUGCUCAUUAUAUUGUAUUAUUAAUUUGUUAUUUAUAAAGUAUUAUUCAUAAAAUUCAAUUAUUUAAAAACUUUUCUGUUACUUAUAAUAUAUAUAACAUAU